UGUCAGAGGGACCACGAAGGAGAUCGACUCGAUUUGCAACGAGCACCUGGCAACGGACAACGCACACCACGAGAUGACACACGGACCGCCAGCGAGCCGCAAAAGGCAGCAGCAGCAGAUCGACAGUGACAUCGAGCAGAGUGGAGCCGAGCUGGAAAAUGGGCUGCCAACGCCUCCAGACGGUGGCUGGGGCUGGAUGGUGGUGUUGGCCUCAUUCAGCAUUCAUAUCAUCACCGAUGGUCUGACGUACUCGUUCGGAAUCUUCUACUCCGAGUUCCUGACGUACUUCAACGAGGGCAAGGGCUACACCGCUUGGAUCGCAUCGAUUCUGGUUGGCGUCACACUAUGUUCGGGACCCAUCUCGUCAUCGCUGGUAAACCGUUACGGAUGCCGUGCGGUGACAAUCGCAGGCGCCUUACUGGCGAGCGCCUCACUAGCAGUCAGCAUGUACGCGACCAGCGUAUUUAUGCUCUUCAUCACGAUCGGCGUUGGAACAGGGCUCGGGCUCGGGCUGAUCUAUCUACCCGCCAUCGUCAGCGUAACCAUGUACUUCGAAAGACUGAGAUCCUUGGCCACGGGUAUCGCGGUGUGCGGUUCCGGCCUGGGUACGUCGAUCUUCGCCCCGCUCACUGAGGUGUUGAUCAAGAAAUUCCAAUGGCAGGGUGCACUGCUGGCGAUCGCUGGUAUUGUGCUGAUCUGCGUUUUCUUCGGUUUGAUGUUCCGCCCGCUGGUGAACGAGCCUGCGGUCGGCAAGGAUCGACAGGAGCCACCGCUACAUUCCAACGCCGACCAGAGUGCCGCCGUACCGAUGGUAGAUAACGUAGUUGGUGAUGGCCACAUGAAGCGCUCAAACAGCCACGGCGAUAUGGAGGUGCCCAAAAUCGAUCUCAAUGCGAACGGACACUCGGUGAGCGGACACAGCCUUAAUAAGCCCGCUCGAGCCCUGCCAGCAGAUGAAUCGAAACGGCUCGGACUCAGCCAACCUCUGCUAAACUCCUCAGAGCAGCAGUCUUCCUUAAGGCGCGCCGACAGCGGCACCAUGUACCGCAAGGACGCACUCUACACCGGCUCAGUGCACAACAUCGCGUCUCGACACACAUCCCAAGCGAACCUAUCCGUGUACGAGAAGGGCAGCUAUGGUUCGGUGCCCGGCAACGGAGGACUUCCCCGACCAACUGCGGAACCUGACACACCUGAACGCUGCCUCGGUUGUAUCCCGUGCUCACGCGAAACUUGUGACACCUUCCGCGAGAUGAUGAACUUCUCCAUUCUAAAGGAUCCGAUCUUCAUCAUCUUCACCGUAUCGAACUUUCUCACCAGUGUUGGCUUCAACGUGCCAUACGUCUAUCUGGCGGCUCAAGCGCAAGUCCUCGGUAUCGGUUCACAGGAUGCGAGCUACCUGCUCGGAGUCAUCGGUAUCGCCAACACCGUUGGGCGUAUCGUACUCGGCUAUCUAUCCGACAAACCGUGGGUGAACCGACUGUACGUGUACAACUUCUCACUCGCAUUGUGCGGUAUCUCGACCGCUCUAUCUGUGCUGUGCCUCGACUUCUACUGGCUCGCUGUCUACUCGGCUGUGUAUGGCUUCACGAUCGGUGCGUACGUUGGGCUUACCUCAGUCAUCCUCGUCGACCUGCUGGGACUGGAGAAGCUUACCAACGCCUUCGGGUUGCUGCUGUUGUUCCAGGGUAUUGCGUCGUUUGUUGGUCCUCCUAUUGCCGGUUGGCUGUACGACUACACGCUCUCCUACGGUCCUGGAUUUAUAAUGGCCGGCUCAACAAUUGCAGUUAGUGGAGCGAUGCUGUUCGUUAUCCCGUCCCUACAGCGGUACCUGGCCAGGCGUCGUACCGUGGCCCCUGCGAUGGGCAUUCCGUUAGAGUAGCGGUUCCUUCGAAGGACCUACCACGUAUAGGGGGAGGCGUAAAAUUAUAUUUUUACCUCUUUUACAGUGGUACCGUUAAAUUUACAUAGGCAUAUAAGCUUAAGGUAUUGUGUCACCGAAACAUUUA